AUGUUUCUCACUCAAAAACUCCCCAGAAUCCAUUCACAUUUCUCCAUAUCCACGCUCUCAUCUCCUAAACCCCAAAAGCUCUUCUUCAUCACUUCAACUCUCUUACCCAAAUCCAAACCUGGACCCGACCCCACACCCCUAUCACACUUCUCCACGGCUGUCGUCUCCGCCGCACCGCCGCCGCAGAAACAGGGAAUCCUGCAAUUGUCCCUGGAGAAUCUCUUCCUCCCGCCGGACACAGACGUCUCGUCCCUCCGGGACACGCCCCUGAGCGCGAGGGUCCUCAAGGGCUCCAACAUCGUGCUGAGCAAGUACGCCGGCGAGGGCGCGGAGGUCGACAGCGCCGAGUUCGUCAAGAGCAGCGUAAGGACCGAGGACUGCCCAGCCGACGGGUCGCCGGAGUUCGCGCUCGUCGGGCGGUCCAAUGUCGGGAAGUCGUCGCUGCUCAAUUCGAUCGUUAGGCGCAAGAAGCUCGCGCUCACCUCUAAGAAGCCAGGGAAAACACAAUGCAUCAACCAUUUUCGCAUCAAUGAUAGCUGGUAUCUCGUGGACUUACCAGGCUACGGGUAUGCAGCUGCACCACACGAGGUUCGAACAGAUUGGGCGAAAUUCACCAAGGACUACUUCCUCAACCGCCCGACCCUUGUCUCAGUAUUUCUUUUGAUAGAUGCAAGCAUCCCUGCAAAGAAGAUUGAUCUUGAGUACGCCAGCUGGUUGGGUCAAAAUGAGAUUCCCAUGACAUUGGUAUUCACCAAAUGUGACAAGCGGAAAAAGAAAAAGAAUGGCGGGAAAAGACCCGAAGAAAACGUGCAAGAUUUUCAGGAACUGAUAUGUGAUUUCUUCCGGACGGCACCCCCUUGGAUUAUGACCAGUAGUGUUACGAAUCAAGGUCGAGAUGAAAUAUUGCUGCACAUGUCACAGUUGAGGAACUACUGGCUCAAGCAUUAG